UGGCCAGGUGAGACGCGUUAUCGUUGUCACCUGAUUGCUCGGGACGUAAGAAAAAAUUUGAAUCUAAAGUCAAAGCAUUCGGAAUGAAUGCCCGCGUGUGUUUGUGUGACGUGAAAGUACAAAUCUUAAAAUUCGAUUAGCAUCAUUACCGCACGACAAUAACAACAACAGCAACAAUAAUAAUAAAGCAACUAAUAAUACUUGUCGUUUAUAUGCAUGUGUUAGUGUUUGUGCGCAACUUAAGAAUUUUAAGAAAUGUCAAACCAUCGUCGAAGAGUGCGUACUAUUGAUUACGUUGCCCUGCAGGGCUUAAAGCUAGCAAUGAUGGCAGGGGAAACGGAUACAGAGACGUCGCCGCCAGCUCAAGAAGCAGCGCCAACUGCGUCAGAAGAAGCAGCAGCGCCAUCACCAGCACCAUUAACUCCAGAGUCGGCAACUUCAACUCCAGCACCAGCAAGUGUGCCUCCAGUGCCACCAAUUCGUUUGCGUCGCGAACUAAACGUGGAUGAGGAUGUUGCCAGAGUGGAGUUCCGCGUUAAGCAGACGCCAUCGCGUCCUGUGCAAAUGUCCAAUGCGCGCAUCGGCAAGUUGGAGGAGGAUCUGCAUGAUGAUGAGCUGGCCUCCCAUUAUGAUGCAUUCGGCACAACGCCACCACGCACACGACUGAAGAUCAAGAAUCGCGACUGGGAGCGCAAACAAAAGCUGGGCAAUGUGGUUGCAUCCACAGAUGCGCCCGCAAGUGCCAGCGGUACUCCGAAGAAGGGCAUGACCCGGAUGGCGCGGUCACGUGUGCUACGCCGGAAUACAAUGGACUGUGCGCUGCUGAACGAGAUGUUUGUGAAUGAGGAGGGCAAGCGCACGGAUAAGCGACUGCAGUCGCUGCUGCGUGACUCGGAGCGUGAGAUGAAGAGCUCGCUGGCGACGUCAGGUGGCGCUUUGGUGCCGCCACGUGGCAACAGUUUCCAUGAGAGCGCCCACACGCUGGAGUCGCUGGACAAGAUUAUGCCGCUGAAUACGGAUGUGGUGGCGCCACUGCGCAUUGCCUCCAAGGUGGUGGAGAGCUGCAAUCGCUAUCGUUGCGUCUCCUCGCGUCCCAUUGGCUGUCGCUCCUCGGCGCCGCCGCUGGCAUUUGCCGCACAGCUGCCCGCGUUGCGCAUUGCCGAGGGCAAGCCGGCGGCGGGCAUGAACAAGCGCAAGGAGUUCCACGAGACGUUUGCCAAUCUCAUCAAGCUGGGCAGCGUGGAUAGGCAGGAUGCAAAGCUGUCGCAGGAGGAGCAUACGUGGCAAACGGAGCUGAAGGAUCUCAUCUGGCUGGAGCUGCAGGCCUGGCAGGCAGAUCGCACAGUCGAGCAGCAGGACAAGUAUCUGUUCGAGGCGCGUCAUGGCGUCUCCGAUCUGCUCACCCAGAUCAUUAGCUACAAGUUCCAGCCGCGCUACAAACGCGAGCCCAGUCUGCUCAGCCUGGACAGCGGCAUACACUCGGACACCAAUUCCAAUGCAAGCUCUCCAUUGCCCAACAAAUUGUGCCAGGGCUGCAUGUCGCUGUACUGCAAGGACUGCAUGGAGCAGCAGGAGGUGGCGCUGCGCGAGGUGGAGGAUCUGCUGACGCGUCUGGAGGCCGCCGAGGCGCUGUAUCCGUCCUCCCAAGCCAUGGGUGCACUGCAUCCCAUCUACAAAUCCCAGAGCUUUGUCGGCCGCAUCAAGUCCAUGUGCCUGUGGUACAACAUUACGAAGCAGAACAAGCUUAAGCUUAGCAUAUUGGGCAAGAUUCUGGCGCGUCUGCAGGACGAAAAGUUCAGCUGGCCCGUGCAGACAUCCUAUAUGGGCUCGGACAGCGGCCACUCCACUGCCUCAGGCGUUGAAACCGAACUGGAUUCCGCUGUCAAUUCAAUGGACUCCAGCAAGCCGCCCAGCGUGGCCGCCACACCAGCAGCAGGCAAACAGGAGUGCCGCACCAUGUCCUGUGCUCGCGUGCAGUUCAUGCUAAACGACUCGGCGCAUGUCCCAGGAGAAACCUCCAGCAGCAAUGACUCCAGCUCAACGGAGAUUAGUCAGCUCUCGAGCGAGUUAUCCCAGGGACAAGUGCGCAAGAAUUCCAUGCAUGACAUCAAUAUAUUCAGCGUGGAGCCGCUGGGCAGCUCCAGCAACGACUGCAAUGGCGAACAGUCCUCCGGGCUGUAUCGCAAGUUUAUCGAGAACGUGCUCAAGUGUCGUGGGCUGGCCAAGUCGCUGGCGUUUCUGCAUCAGCUGCACAAUGUGGCGCUGUACAAGGCGCACAUAUCGCUGGAGCGUGCGGGCGCUGAAGAGCUGGAGGACUUUGAGCUGGAUGCAGAGGCGCUGGAUAAAGAUGGCACACCCAGAUCGAUGGAUCCGCAGAUAAGUCGCGAGCAAAUCAUUGAGCUGCGCACCUAUGGCUACUGGAGCGAGGAGGCGCAGUCGAUCUCGCUGCCCUCGUAUAUACCCACGUUUGUCUUUCUCAGCGGCAUUCCACUGCAGUUUAUGCACGAGUUUCUGCGCAUGCGCCUGGAGACGCGCCCGGUGCGUCCCAAUCCGCUGAGUCUGGGCCAGCUGAUGAAGGAGCUGCGCGAGGGCCUGACGCUGGCGCUGACGCAUCGCGAGCGCUAUCAGCGGCACGUGACGACGGCGCUGGCCGAGAACGAGUCCGAGCUGGGCAGCUAUAUUCACAUACUCAAUCAGUACGACGCGACAGUGCGCAAGACGUUUGAGCUGUACCUGGACUACAUCGAUCAGCUGGUGCUGGUGGCGGUGCCCGAGACGAAUCAGAAGUCCAUGCUGGAGAAGGAGUGGAUGUUCACAAAGCUCAUCAGUCCCAUGAUCAAGGGCAUGCAUACGCUGGCGUCCAAGAAGUUCUGCGGCAUCAUUAGCAAGCUGCUGCGCAGCAUUUCGACGCGCCUGGUGCAGCGCUCGCAGGAGCUGGACGAGCAAAUCGCUGGCACGGCGCAGAACGACGACAACGAGGAGCUCAAGUGGCAGCUGCUGACCAUUUGCCGUGAGACGCAAGCGCUGCUCACCUCGGAGCGCGAGCGCUCCAUCAAGGUUCUGUUCUUUGCCAAGACUUUCUGCCGCGAUGUGGAGACCACCGACUUUCAUCGCGAGCACUACGAGCACGAUGUGGCCAAUCAGCAGCAUGACUUCAUAUGCUCGCACGUCAAGGCGUCGUUCAAGCUGCUGCAGCAGGAUGUGCUCGAGGUGCGCAACAAGCUGACCGAGAUUAUCAAGGGCGUGCAGCAGCGCUGCUGCCAGAGCAACAUGCAGCAGCUGGACGAGCAGGAUCGCCUGGCGGUGCUCUCGCGCACGCGUGAGAUUCUGCAUCAGGGCUACAAGUUUGGGUUCGAGUAUCACAAGGAUGUCAUACGGCUGUUCGAGCAGCGCAUUAUGGAUCACAAGGACAGCUCGCAUACGGUGGAUCUGGCGCUGGGCAUCAUUGCGUUUGCCAAAAUGUGGAUGCACUUCGUCAUGGAGCGCUGCGAGCGUGGGCGUGGCAUGCGCCCGCGCUGGGCCAGCCAGGGCUUGGAGUUCCUGAUGCUCGCCUGUGAUCUGCAGAUCACACAGCAUCUGGAUGACGAGCAGUUUGAGCAGCUGAAGCAGCAAAUGGAUCGCUGCAUUUCGCAUGUGGUGGGCAUUACCUCGGAGCCGGAGAAGGUGGCGCGCAAAAAGGCCUCGCCGCGCACACGCAAGACCUCCUCGCCGGCCACCAGUCGCUCGCGCACGCCCACGCGCACGCCCAUGUCCGGGCGGGGCAGCGCUGGCGGCGUCGUGCUGAAUCCCAAUACACCGCCGCUGCUGCAGUCGCCGCAGUACAACAAACUGCUGCAUCCGCAGUUCAGUCUGAAGGAGGAGCACUCCAACUCGAGCAUUUACUCGAGCGUCGACAGCACUGACUAUGUGCUGGAGGCGCCGCUGGCCAGCGCCAAUGGUGAGCUGCGUCUGCUGGUGCCACAGACGCCGCCCAUAAAUGCCACGCCCGCUGGCAGCAAAGGCAGCGAGUGCUCGCUGGCGCUGCGACAGGAGCGCGUGCGUGAUGCUGUCAAUCGACUGGAUCUCGACUUGGAGGAGCGUCUGCGCGAUCGCCGGCUCAUUGGCCAGGUCAAGGCGCUGAACUCCUGCGACAAGGUGCAGAUUCGAGCGCGCAGCGUCAACUUUCGCUGGCAUCGUGGCAUCAAGAUUGGCCAGGGACGCUUUGGCAAGGUGUACACGGCUGUGAACAACAAUACGGGCGAGCUGAUGGCCAUGAAGGAGAUUGCCAUACAGCCGGGCGAGACGCGUGCGCUGAAGAAUGUCGCCGAGGAGCUGAAGAUUCUCGAGGGCAUUAAGCACAAGAAUCUGGUGCGCUACUAUGGCAUCGAAGUGCAUCGCGAGGAGCUGCUCAUCUUUAUGGAGCUCUGCUCCGAGGGCACGCUCGAGUCGCUGGUGGAGCUCUCUGGCGGCUUGCCGGAGGCGCUGGUGCGUCGCUUCACCGCCCAGUUGCUGUCCGGCGUGGGUGAGCUGCACAAUCAUGGGAUUGUGCAUCGAGACAUCAAGACUGCAAACAUUUUCUUGGUGGACGGCAGCAACAGCCUCAAGCUGGGCGACUUUGGCUCGGCGGUGAAGAUUCAGGCGCACACCACUGUGCCGGGCGAGCUGCAGGGCUAUGUGGGCACCCAAGCCUACAUGGCGCCCGAAAUGUUUACCAAAACGAACAGCGAUGGACACGGACGAGCGGCGGAUAUUUGGUCCGUGGGCUGCGUCAUCGUCGAGAUGGCCUCGGGCAAGCGUCCUUGGGCACAGUUCGAUUCGAACUUUCAAAUCAUGUUCAAGGUGGGCAUGGGCGAGAAGCCGCAGCCGCCGGAGAGUCUGUCGCAGGAGGGGCACGAGUUCAUCGACUAUUGCCUGCAGCAUGAUCCCAAGAAGCGUCUCUCGGCCAUGGAGCUGCUCGAGCAGAACUUUUGCAAGUCUGGACGGGAUGAGGAGUGCAGCAGCGAGCAGUUGCAGGCGCAGGUGCGCGGCUCCUUUCGACGCAACGUAUCCAAGAGCUAGGGCCUAAUCCUAAUCCUAAGUGUAUGCGUAUUAAUCAUUUAUC